CAAUUACGAUUCACGAUCGAAGACACAGAGCCACUCGUCGAAUCGCCUCCGCCACCGCACCGCCGCCUUGUCUCCGAUCAGAUCCGAUCUCUAAACUCAGAUCCAAAAAUGAACGACGCAGAUGUCUCCAAGCAGAUCCAGCAGAUGGUCAGAUUCAUCCGCCAAGAAGCCGAAGAGAAAGCCAACGAGAUCUCCGUCUCCGCAGAAGAAGAAUUUAACAUCGAGAAGUUGCAAUUGGUAGAAGCAGAGAAAAAGAAGAUCAGACAAGAGUACGAGCGUAAAGAGAAGCAAGUCGAAGUUCGGAGAAAAAUUCAUAAAUCAUGUAAAAUUGGGACUGUGGUUUCUACUAGUUUGCUGAGGCUGAAAGAGCCUGCCGUCUUGUUGCGUUGUCGAAAAGAAGACCUAAAUCAUGUGGAGCAUGUUGUGCACUCUGCAAAGGAGGAGUAUGCAGAUAAAGCAAAGGUUCAUGCACCUGAGAUAGUAGUUGACAGCAUUUACCUUCCAGCUGCUCCUUCUCAUCAUAAUGCCCAUGGUCCUUUCUGCUCUGGAGGUGUAGUGUUGGCUUCUCGAGAUGGGAAAAUUGUGUUUGAGAACAGCCUGGAUGCAAGGUUGGACGUUGUAUUCCGCAAAAAGCCUCCAGAGAGUUUGCUGAGGCUGAAAGAGCCUGCCGUCUUGUUGCGUUGUCGAAAAGAAGACCUAAAUCAUGUGGAGCAUGUUGUGCACUCUGCAAAGGAGGAGUAUGCAGAUAAAGCAAAGGUUCAUGCACCUGAGAUAGUAGUUGACAGCAUUUACCUUCCAGCUGCUCCUUCUCAUCAUAAUGCCCAUGGUCCUUUCUGCUCUGGAGGUGUAGUGUUGGCUUCUCGAGAUGGGAAAAUUGUGUUUGAGAACAGCCUGAAUGCAAGGUUGGACGUUGUAUUCCGCAAAAAGCUUCCAGAGAUCCGCAAGCAGCUCUUUGGUCAAGUUGCUGUAUGAUGGGUUCGAGUAUUAUGUAUUUAUCAUCUCCUGUCUAUCCAAGUUUUUCAAGAUCGGACAAUAUAUUGGUCUUGUGCUGUUGGAACUGCUAGCUGAUUUGCUUGUUUGUGUACUUUCAAUUUUCUGCUGCCAAAAUUUAUUUGUGGUUCCUGCUUGGGCUGCUUGAUAGUUAAUUUCUUUUCAAAUAAAAGUGAGUUGAUUGGAUUA